CACAUGUAUCCCGCGCGCCCAGUUGCUCACGCCAAAGGUCUCAUGUAUGUUGAAUUUCAACUCUUGAGCCGCUGACUGAGGUUCAAAUCAAGAUGAUUUGCCAUCACUGUCCUGGGAGAAAGUUUGAAAGCGAGGCUGAGCUUGGGGAACACGUAGCCGAGCAUGUGCGUAUUCAACAAGCACUUCGCCGACGCAGCGGUCGGACCUAUGGCAGUCGACUGGCGCAAGAAACGCCCGAAGUCCCUUCUCAGGGACCGAUUCUCCCCGUUGCCGCCUCCAGCGGAACGACUGGCGUUGCAUCCGUAAUUCCUUUGUCUUCCUUAAGUACUACAGGUGGUACGACCGCCAGUCAAAAUGCAGAUGAUACGCAUGGCCGACUUGCCGGGUUCAUGAACAAAGACGACGCCUAUCUCAUCUUCCGUCGCUUCUCAGCCCUGAACAUCCGAAAUAUACUGCGGAUCCAGACGGAGCUGGCGGAUUUGGAGAACAGGCUAGAGGCAGAAACGGAAGGGGGUGUCGUCUCCGGCUCGCUAGAAAGUGUCAUGGAGUCGCGGUUAUCCGCAUAUAACGAAGCGGUUACACGGUAUAUUCAACUAUCCAAGCUAGGACGACCGGAGCCCAUUCCACUUUCCGACUUGCGUCGCUGGGCGUCCCGGAACCUGUCAUCGGGGAAAGUCGAGCUCUCCUUCCUUGAAGAGAAGGGACAUAGCGAGGAUGAUCUGAUGUGCCUUUCCGGAGGUGUUUCGGACAAGAAUUGGCUCUAUCGUUUAACCGAGCAAGCUUCCUGGCGGCUGCUUUCCAUGCCAGCAUUCGGCGGCCGUACCGUCCCCGUAUCUCGCACCGGAGCGCUCCACCUCUACAGCGACGACAGCGUGCGGCUCCUCCUACGCGCAUUCCUGACCGCGACGUCGUCAAUUUUGCUGUUGGUCCCCAUCGGGAUUCUCUCGACUGUCGAAGACAAGUCGACGGUCGUCAUUGUUGUGGCUCUGUGCUGCAUCGCAGUGGCCGUCGUCAUGGCCGUUGCGACUGAGAGUCGAGACCAUGAGAUUAUCAUGGCUGUGUCUGCGUAAGUACUACUAGUAGAGUGGGACCUCAGAUGAUGUUGGGAAGAGCGCAGCUAAUCUGUCUGAUUACCGGGUCCGUGUGGGAACAGCUACGCGGCUGUUCUGAUUGUUUUUGCAGAUAAAUGAUGUGGUAUCGGCAGGUUACGCGCCAUGCCGCGAUCGGAAACCCGCCCGGGAAGAUAGGUACGGAGAAGUCGAGUUCAUGAGGAGAGCAGACAACCGGGCAUUCAGGGGCUGAUUGCCCCUGGAUGCCAAGACUCGACCGGAAGCCAACAGUACAAUACAUACCACAUGCUCUUCGCUGAACGUAGAAACGAAAACUGGAUAUCCAUGGAUGUAUGGCAACUGAAAGCACCGUA